CAAAGAUUCUGGCUUGGCAGUCUUUUAUACUACUACUAUACUUGCUUCUGUGCAGCUUCCACCCAAAAGAAGAUGAAGUGGCCAGAGAGGAAGUGUGAAGGCAGCUUAGACUUCCUCCAAAUUAGCACGUGACAAAUUUGAGAUUGUUUAAAAAAAGCCUAGCUUGUGGCAUGCUUGUCCUAAAGUUGAGGAAGCAUCUUACUGUUAGCUUAAUUAUUUGUUACUCUUAAUAUAUAAGUUCAUUAUCAAAUUCAAGGUGACUCUCAAAGAAAGGUCUUGCUAUUUUUUCCUUACAAUGCGAAUCUUCUUCCUCAUGUUUUUCUUCUUAAUUAGACUGUCUUUCCAAGAAAAUUUAUUUACAAGCACGGAAAAGUCCGUCUUACUAAGUUUGAAACAGCACUGGAGCAAUCCAGAGAUCUUCCAGUCAUGGGAUUUGAAAUAUUCGCCAUGUAGUUGGUCAGGAGUGUCAUGUAUGAAUGGCUUUGGCAGAGUCACACAGCUAGUUCUAGGAGGAAAUAACAUUACUGGAACAAUUCCAUCAACAAUAUGUCAGCUCAAGAACCUUACCUUGAUUGAUCUCUCCAACAACAACAUUUUUGGAACUAUACCAGUAAGCCUGAUGGACUGCUCAAAGCUACAACACCUGGACUUAUCCAACAAUUAUUUGAGAGGCCAGAUUCCAGGUGAGUUGUUUAGGAUGGAUAGAUUAGCCAAUUUGUAUCUUAAAGGUAACAUGUUUUCGGGUGAGAUGCCAAAAGAAAUAUCAGCAUCCCAACUGGAAAAUCUUGAUCUUUCUAGGAACUACUUGAACGGCUCGAUCCCAGAAGAAUUUGGGAGCUUGAAAAAACUUGUGAAAUUGGACCUGUCACAUAAUUCUCUAAGUGGUUCAAUUACUAAUCAGUUGUUCCAGUUGCAUCAUUUGCGUCACUUGUUACUGAGUCAUAACUACUUAUCUGGCGUGAUACCUAAUGCAAUGGACUUGUUUAGUUUGUAUAGUAUGGAUCUUUCUCAUAACCAAUUGAAAGGUUCUAUACCAAAGAGAUUUUGGGAUUUACCUGGAUUGCAUGCUUUAGAUUUGUCUUAUAAUCAAUUAUCAGGAGACAUUUCUGAAAGUAUAGAACAUCUUUUGCCUAGUAAUACUUUAAGGCUUUGUUCCAACAAAUUCUCAGGGAGAAUUUCUGCUGAAUUUGUGAAGCUAACAUAUGAAGACAAUUGCUUUGACAAGUCCAACCUUUGUUCUACAUCCAAGAACUCCUUCCCUGAUUUACCAAGCUGCUCUUCUGGUGAUAAGGUUCGAAAGUUUCUGAGAGAAAAACACUUGAUUAUCAUAAUUCCUGCUGUAGUUGUUGGAAUAGCUAUACAGUCAGUAUGGAUAUUUUACAUGGUCAGGAAGCAUUGGUGGAAAAAAGACUGCAUAUCGAUGCAAUUAGUAUGGAUCUUUUCCUUGAUCAGAAAGCCUUGGUGGAAAAAGAAGCAGAACAUUGAAGAGGACUUGAAGUUAAUUUCAUUUCACAAGUUGAGGGUAACUACGGAGGACAUUAUGUCUGGCUUGAAAGACGAAAAUGUGAUAGGACAUGGAGGAUCAGGGAAGGUCUAUCGAGAUGUGAUCGACCAAACAGGCGAUACUUAUGCUGUUAAAAGUAUACGGCAUGACAAAAGUUCAGGUGGAAAACUCCCAAAGGAUUUUUUAGCAGAAGUUCGAAUACUUGGUAGCAUUCGACAUAAAAACAUUGUCAAGCUCUUUUGCUGCAUCUUUAGCGCAGACAAAAACCUUCUAGUAUAUGAAUACUUUGAGAAACAAAGCCUGGACAAAUGGCUUCACAGAAAGAGAAGAGCAGCCUCACCAGGUCAAAGUAGUACCCCACCCUUGGAUUGGCAAAAGAGAUUAAAAAUAGCCAUUGGUGCAGCUCAAGGACUCUGCUAUAUGCACCAUGAUUGCACUCGGCCUAUCAUUCAUAGAGACAUUAAGUCCAGUAAUAUCCUUCUAGACUCGGAAUUCAAUCCAAAAAUAGCAGAUUUUGGGCUAGCGAAAAUGCUAGCAAAGCACGAUGAUGAUCCUGAGACAGCUUCUGCUAUUGCUGGAACUUUUGGUUACAUUGCCCCUGAGUAUGCCUCUACAUUCAAAGUGAAUGUGAAGACUGAUAUCUAUAGCUUUGGAGUGGUGCUAUUAGAAUUGACAACGGGGAGAGAACCCAUUCUCAGGGACGAACAAAUGAAUCUAGCACAAUGGUCUCAACAGCAUUUCAGGGAGGGCAAUUCCAUUCUUGAGGCGGUUGAUGGAGAAAUCAUGGAAGCAAUUAAUUUGGAACAAAUGACGAGUGUUUUUAAACUAGGACUGAUGUGUACUGGUGCAUUACCAUCUGGUAGGCCGUCAAUGAAGGAGGUUUGCUACAUGCUUCAAAGCUGCAGAGACCCCAAAUUUUGAGGGAGGAUAAUGUGUAGUCUUAUGUCAACAAGCACAGUUCUUAUUUGUAAAUGAAAUAGAAUGACAAAGCCAUGUUGGUAACGAUGUCUCCAGAAUGUAUACUCUAGCAUCAGCCCAAUGCUUCUUCAUCAUUCAACUC